GGCCACGCGCAUCACGCUUAAACGUACGUGCAUUUAAACAGAAUUUGGACCUGGGAUAAUAAUAUUUUUGUACUGCGUCUCUCAUCUCUGCAGUCAGUUUGCUUUCUUCCGUUUUCCAUGUCAUUUCCUGUAAUAAAAAGAUGGUGGUCAAAGCCUGCAGAAGGGGCUGACUCGCAGCAAUAAUUUUCAUCAGAAAAAACUUUGCAUCGCCCUGGACUAGUGAAACUGCUGAGUGGUGGUGAGUAAUCAGUUGAGAUCACCGCGGUUCAAGAGGAGGUCGGGAGAUUACGAGGUCGGUGCAGACCCUCCAGUACACUCUGUGGAAGAUUUGAAAGAUGCAGCACUGAAGUCAGUGAUCCCUGUCUCCUGCUCUACAAUGGCAGAACUGACAGCCUUUCAAACUGAGCCAUCGUCAGACCCUGAGCCCAACAGCAGCACUGGUCUCAAAGAUGAGCAGACAGAGCAGAACAUGAGCCAGCAGGUGAAGCGAGACCUGGAGCCCUCUGACGGCACCAAACACAGAGACCUCUGGUUUUGUGAGGAGUGCAGAGAGUACUUUUUGCAAGAAUGUCCCACGUGUCACGGGCCGCCGGUGUUUGUGCCAGACACCCCGAUUGCUUUGGGGGCGUCCAGCAGGGCGGCGCUGACUGUUCCGUCAGGGCUGAAGGUAGUGUUGGAGGGGGAUGAGGUGGAUGUGCGCUGUGUGGAUGUAAACAUCCGGAAGGGAUCCAUCUUUGGUCCAUUUCAAGGGGAGCUAGUGGCCAAGGACCAGUCUUCUGGGCAGUUCUCCUGGAUAAUCGUUGAUGAGAACAACACGUACAAAUCCAUUGAUGGCAGUGAUGCGACUAAAGCCAACUGGAUGAGAUAUGUGAAGACUUCCGCAGACGAGGACGAGAGGAACCUGACUGCUUUCCAACACGAAGAGGAGAUAUAUUUCCGUGUGUGUCGACAGUUUGUGGCGGGAGAGAAGCUCAGAGUGUGGUACGGCACUGACUACAUAAGUCGUCUGCACAGUGUCUCACAGGACAGCAUCGCCCGCAGUCUGGACACAGACAACAGACAUUGUUAUCAGCUGAAAUUAACAAGAACAAAUCCAGAAGAAACAAAACAUUCCGGAUCAUUGACCUGUUCUGGUUCUGCAGGUUCUCCGUGUGCUGUGAAGUCGGAUGCCUUGUCCAGUCCCCAGGAGGACAGCAAAGGCCCGGUGCUCAGGUCGUCUCUGCAGAGCAGGAAGGGCUUGGGGAAGCUCAGCGGUGAGGAGGGGGAGGGCCAACCCCAAGCUAAGAAGAAGAAGAUUGACCUCAUCUUCAAGGAUGUUGUAGAAGCUUCUCUGGAGGCCUGUAAAGGUGCCAACACCCCCAUGAACAGCUCGCUGUCUCUGAAGAGGACCAGGUCCCUGCAUGCCCCGCACUACUACAGCCUUCCCGGCACGCUCGCAGCCCCCAGCGGGAAGUCGUGCCUCGCCCAGGAGGACAGUAAAGCGCAGUGUCUGGGCGGAGGCUUCAACUCCUCAGAGCAGGCGGACAUUGACUUUAAUCUGCACACGCUGAAGGCAGAGGAGAACCACAGCCAGGUCUACGAGGGGCCCUCCACCUCGUUCUGUCCCAACUGUGUGAGGCUGAAGAGGAGGAUCCGGGAGCUGGAGGCAGAGGUGUCACGCCUGCGGGGCAGCGAGCACAUGGACGCCCUGGCCCCUCCCCUUCCUGAGCAGGCGCCACUGGAAGAUUUUCAAGAGAUAGAGGCCAUGACCCCGAUCCCGGUGGCGCUGGACGAAGAUGAUCAGGACGCAGACUCGGCGGACGAGUCCAUCGCCGCUGACCUCAUGGUCUCUGUGGACGACCCCUCCAAGAUGGCAGCCGGGCCCGGCCGACGGAUCCGCCGUUUCAAGCAGGAGUGGCUGAAAAAGUUCUGGUUCCUGCGCUACUCUCCCACGCUGAACGAGAUGUGGUGCCACGUGUGCCGCCAGUACACCGUCCAGUCCUCGCGCACGUCCGCCUUCAUCAUCGGGUCCAAGCAGUUCAAGAUCCACACCAUCAAGCUGCACAGCCAAAGCAACCUGCACAAGAAGUGCCUGCAGCUCUACAAGCUACGCAUGCACCCGGAGAAGACGGAGGAGAUGUGUAGGAACAUGGUUCUGCUGUUCAACGCAGCGUACCAUCUGGCCCUGGAGGGCAGGCCCACCUCGGAGCUCAGGGCUCUGGCCGAGCUGCUCAAGAGGUGCGAUCUGAAGGUGGUGGACCAGUACAUGAACGAGGGAGACUGCCAGAUCCUCAUCCACCACAUUGCCAGGGCGUUGAAGGAAGACCUGGCUGAGAAGAUCCGCUUGUCUCCCUUCCUCAGCGUUAUCAUGGACGGGCAGAACGACGACCUGCUCUCGGACACGGUUGGUGUCUACGUGCAGUUCCUCACCAAUGAUGGCCCGCCUGCCACCGAGUUCCUCUCCCUUCAAAGGCUGAGUGUUGGCAGCGUGGACGGCUACCUGCAGGCCAUCGAGCGGGCCUUCGGCGUCCUGGGCCUGAGGUUUCAAGACAUGCUGGUGGUUGGUUUGGGAGUGGACGGAGCCAACAUCUCCUCUGGCCUGAGAGCGAGCCUGUACAUCGCUCUUCAGAAGAUCCUGCCCUGGAUCCUCUGCCUCCCUGUGAUGAUCCACCGGCCUCACCUAGAGGUGCUGGACGCCAUCAGUGGGAAGGAGCUGUCCUGUCUGGAAGACUUGGAGAACAACCUGAAACAGCUGCUCAGCUUCUACCGGUACUCUCCUCGCAUGAUGGCCGAGCUGCGGUCCACAGCGCCCACCCUCUCUGAGGAGACUGAGUUCCUGGGAGACAUCAGAGCCGUUCGCUGGAUCAUAGGCGAGCCAAACGUCCUGAACGCACUGAUCAAGGAUUAUCUGGAGGUGGUGACGCACCUUAAGGACAUCAGCAGCCAAACACAGAGGGCGGACGCGGCCGCCAUUGCUCUGACCCUGCUACAGUUCCUCAUGGACUACCAGUCGGUGAAGCUCAUCUAUUUUCUUCUGGACAUCAUUGCUGUUCUUUCACGACUGGCCUAUAUCUUCCAGGGUGACUACCUGCUGGUGUCUCAAGUAGACUCCAAGAUCGAGGAGGCCAUCUUUGAGAUCGGUCAGUUAGUGGACUGCCCUGGGGAGUACCUGCAAGAGUUCGAAGAGAACUUCCGUGAAAGCUUCAAUGGUGUUGACCUGAAGAACUUGCGAGUUGCGGAAUCCAAAUUUCAAUCCAUCCGGGAGAAGAUUUGCCAGAGGAGCCAGAGCAUCCUGUCUCAGCGGCUGGACAUGCACAGCCGAGCCGUGGCCAGAGCGUGUCGGGUUCUGGACCUCAACACCUGGCCUCACAACAGGGACGACCUCAGAGCCUACGGAGAGGAGGAGAUCCUUCUCAUGUUUGACCACCUGGACACGAUCCCUGCAGCUGGACGGGAGACGCCUCAGGACAAGACCAAGGCCAGGAGCAACCUAAUGGUGGAGUGGAGGGAUCUCAAAGCAGACUACUACAGCAUGAACGGCUUUAAGGAGGUGGUGGGUCACAUCUGCAGGUACAGGCAGAGAUUCCCUGUUCUUAAUCGUGUCUUGCAGCUUGUCAGGGUCCUGCCGACCUCCACUGCCUGCUGCGACAAAGGCAGAGUGUCUCUGCAGAAAGUACGCAAGAACAACCGCUCCCGUCUCACCAUGGACCACACCAACGACCUGCUGACUCUCGCUGUGAACGGGCCGCCCAUCGCUCACUUCGACGGCAAGCGACCGUUGGACAGCUGGUUUGAAGAGAAGUCCGGGAACAGUUACUCUCUCUCGGCAGAAAUGUUGAACCGAAUGUCCACUGCUGAUCAGAAGUCUGUGCUGAACAGUGUGGACGUAAACACCAACUUUUACCCUGACAUCUGACAGACACGCCCCAAGUGGCACAUACCUGCUCGUGUCUCGACGUCAGAAAGCCAUCAAGUUGUUGGGAGCAACAUUCUUGGCUGUGAUCAGCCUCAGAGAUGUGCCAUGUUCAUGCUGCCCACAUGGUUCAGUCUGUGUGAUCUUCAAAUAACAGCAGUGUGUGAGAGGGUACCUGCGAUAGCGUCAAGCUCUCAGGUGGCAGGUUGGUCUUUAAAGGGAAGACCAGGAACACAGCAAAUCAAGGAGACAGAACAGGUCAAAACUGCUAUCUUUGCUUGAGUAUGUUAAAUAUAGAAUUAAAGCACAGUAUGACAUGUUACCACUUAGCACUUCAGACGUGCAGAAAACAGACGGUUUCAGCUGCCUGUUCUCUCCUGGGCGUGUCGUCCUGCAUGGGUGAACUGUGGGCAGGAAGUGACACGUGCCAAACAGGUCAUGGCACUAGAGCACGUUUCACUGAAAUAUGAAACCACUUAAUAAUUAACAGUGAAAUGACAACAGCAUUUACCACACUAUAAAUCUAGGUGUAUACUAUUUUAAAAGUAUUGUAAUUCUCUGUCAUUAGAGAUUGUGCCAUUUUUCACAAUGCAAGUCAUAAGAGAGAAAGUCAAAGGUGCUAUUGUGCUAGGCCAUGCAAAGAAGUCGAUUGUUUUGCACAUUGUGGUGAUUGAUAUUGUUAUUGUGAGUUUUAUGUCUUAAAAUAUUACAGUGAGGGGAUGUGGUCAAUAUUUGGUUUUGCACCCAACAAUGUAUAUUAUUAGUAUUGAUGAUACUAUUUACUGAUUAUUGAAGGUGUUUCCUAUAACCACACCUGGUUUGAUUAUAAUUCUCUUCAAUAGUUGUUUCGUUGCCUGCCUUUUAUAUUUGGUUAUCAUCAUUUAUAUUUGCUGCCUUUAUAGUUGGUCAUUUUUUAAGUGUGUUCUGUUUUUCAAACAUUACAAGAUGGCUUUAGGUUUAGGUUUCAUUCAAAAAUAUGCUUUAGGUUUGGAGGAAUACAUGUAUCAAUUUUAUAACAUAGUAAGUUUUCUUUCUUUGAAAUAUUUCAAACUCA